ACGUACCACCAAUUACCACAGGAUAAGCGCAACAAAAACAAAACCUGUGACUCAUUCCGAUAGAUCAACACACAUUUUGUGUUCCAAAGCGAUUCUGUAUAGGCUUAAAAAGUUGUUCUUCUAAUUGUGUUGUGUUUUACCGUGACUCCAGCAUGUUUUCCAGUGCGCCAAACUACUCUAAGCUGAAGACGAACCUUCGUCUGGCACUCAAUCGACUUAAGUUGCUGGAAAAGAAAAAAACGGAACUAGCACAGAAGGCACGGAAAGAGAUCGCCGAUUAUUUGGUGGCUGGAAAACCCGAACGCGCCCGGAUCCGGGUGGAGCACAUCAUCCGCGAGGACUAUCUGGUGGAAGCGAUGGAGAUAGUGGAAAUGUACUGUGAUUUGAUACUCGCCCGGUUUGGGCUUGUGACGCAGAUGAAGGAACUGGACGAAGGCAUUGAGGAGGCGGUAAGCAGCAUCAUCUGGGUAGCACCACGGCUGCAGGCCGAUGUGCAGGAGCUGAAGCUCUGCUCGGACAUAUUCACGCUGAAGUAUGGCAAACAGUACGCGGAACAGGUGCGCGCUGCCAUUCCGCCCCACAAGAUAUCGGAUAAGCUGAUGCAUAAGCUGGCCAUACAGGCGCCACCGAAGUUGCUGGUCGAGAAGUAUCUGAUCGAGAUUGCCAAAAUCUUUAACGUGGAGUACGAACCGGAUCCGCAGGUGAUGAAGGAUGAUCGAUCGAACGUUAUGGAUGGGGAGGACAGUGUGCUGAUUGAUUUGGCUGAUAAGAACAACCUGGACGGUUCUUCGUCAGGUGGCGCAGGAGCAUCGGGAGGUGGUGGCAGUAGCGGUAGUGGAAGUGGUGGUGGUGGCGGUGGAGCAGCGGCCACAACACCAAAUGUAGGAUUUGUAGCGUAUCCUCCGCCAAUUCCGCAGCUACCCGUUGUUCCUCCAGCCGUUCCAUUCCAGUAUCCGGCUGGCCCUAGUGGACAGCACUUUGGCGGAGCAUCUGCUCCGCCACCGUUCAACUACAACAUACCGCCCAAUUCGUCGGAGAAGGAAGAGGUCAAGGAUUUGAACAUAAAUGCCAGUUUCAUUAAUGAGGAAAGGGGAGUAAGCGAUGCCACUGGUCCACCGCCCUCAUACUCAUCCCUCAGCCCGGAUGACAACAUGCAGAACUCAACCAAACCUAAACCUCAGCCACGGUCCAAGUUUUCGCCGGAGCUUAACUUCCCUCCAUUGCCGAAUGUGCCACUGGAUCUGCCGGAUAUACCGGACGGUGACGAACACAAGAACGACAACAACGAUGAGAUCGAUUUCGACGAUUUGUCACGCCGGUUUGAGGAGCUGAAGAGAAAGAAGUGAAUCUGUUUUCGUGCAAGGCCCGGCACACCUCUCUGUGUACAUGCGACUCACCUAGCUUUACCGUGCGAAGGAAACGGAAGGGCAACAUAUACCAUAUAUAUAUUUUCUUUAAACUUUACCCAUAGUGAAGUUACUGCGCCGUUGUCAGCAGUUAGUUUGGAUAAUUUUAUUUGUACUGUUUUCAAUUGUGUUUGUACUAAUCAACUGCGGAAACGAACGGCAAUUAUGUAUUUAUAAGCUUAAAUAAACGAAUAAUAAGAUGAAAGUCUAAAA